GUUUUCAUAAUAGUACUGAAAAUGACCUGGAUAACAGUAAAAUGAUUGUCAAUAGGAUUUAUAAAUUACAAAAUCCACCAAAUUGUCGCUUAGCAAGCAAAUUUGUUUGCAUAUUACAAGUUAAAUGGGGGUUUGGGUAUAUUAUGCACCACUACACCUAUUGCCUAAUAUUAGCCCUUAAACUGAACCGGACACUUAUUAUCCGGGAGACCAUCACAAAUACGUACACAUCGAACAUGAAAACGCUUAUCCGACCCAUAAGUGACACGUGUUUGGACCAAAACGGAGACAACAGCACCACAUGGGAAGGGAUGUCAGACCAGACACACCAUUAUUAUCAAGUUAUUAACUUUUAUUUUAACCACUAUUCAAAGGUGUAUUUACAGGAUAUGAGAAAACUCACCCAGUUUAAUAUUGAACUGCAAUCCCAGUUCAGUCAACCCUUAUCUCUAUUCAUUGGACUAUUAUUACGGUAUUUAAUGCGUCCGACACUAGAGUUGAGCCGAUAUUACGAUAAUUAUAAGCAAAGGAUUCAAUGGAAACACCCUAUCGUUGGCCCACAUGUGCGACGGACUGACAAACUGUGGGUUGAGGCUAAAUAUCACUCAAUGGAUGAGUACAUCAAAUAUGUGGACCAACUCGUGUAUUUGGCGACCGAUGAGCCAAACGUAUGGCUCAACGAAUUGAGUCCUUAUAUUGAGAGACAGAUUGAGUUCACGGGUGAUCCACACAUAUCUCGGAAAGCAUUUAAUAACAUCCGAAACAGUUAUGAAUCGAUUCGUGACUUAAUUGUCGAGGUUUUGGUGUUAAGUGAAUGCGAUUACAUUGUCUGCACCUUCAGCUCAAAUGUGUGUCGUUUGGGGUUUGAGUUACGGAUGAGUCGUAUUAACAAUUCAUUAGCUUUUCAGUCAUUGGAUAAGAAAUAUUAUUAUAAUCCC